GAACAACAAGGCAAGCCAAGUACAAGUAAUGGAUCCACGCGUGAGAGAUCUAUAUAAACGGCUCAUAUACAUAGCGAGAGAGUAUCCACAAGGAAUUGACUACAUCAGGCCGAAGCUCAAGGCUGGCUUCCAGAGGAAUCGCGCAUUGACUGAUACUGAGGCUGUGGACCAGGCGUUGGAGAAGGGAGAAUACAUAUACAAGGAGAUUGAGACGCUAAUAUUUCUGCGUAGGUACAGAGAGAUGAAGAGACGAUACUACAGUUGAUAUUGAAGACAAUACAGGGGAAAGUUAACAUAAUAAAAGGAAUAUCAAAUUCAUAACAGACGUAACAAAGUUUUUAGGCGCUCUUGGACUUGAUAGCG